CAUCGCAUUCCUGGUCGAUUAUCGAAUGCAUAGAGUGGUUGCAGAAGAAAUAUUCACUGCUUUAUUUAUUUUAAAAAAUUAAAGUUUAUCAAACAAAACGAUAAAAAGUAUAUUUAUAAAAUCAACAAGUAAAUUCGUUAAUGUUUAUUGAUAAGAUGACACCCUGUAUAAAUAAUAUCGCUUUGUAAGCGAAUUGGACGACGUGACUGGUACAGUGACAAUCAUGGCUGGAAAUAACCCAUACAAUAAUAUAUUGAAGCCCCUGAAAAUUGGAUCAAAAGAAUACAAGUAUUAUGAUAUUUCCAGCUUUGAAAAAAAGUAUGAUAGGUUACCUUUUUCUGUUAGAGUGCUGCUAGAAAGCGCUGUCAGAAACUGUGACAACUUUCAAGUGAAACAAAGAGAUGUAGAAAAAAUUUUAGAUUGGGAAGUUAACCAGGCUCUUGGAGAUGGACCAGAAGUGGCUUUCAAACCAGCAAGAGUAAUAUUACAAGAUUUCACUGGAGUUCCAGCUGUGGUAGAUUUUGCGGCGAUGAGAGACGCCGUUAAAAGAUUAGCGGCUGAUCCAGAUAAAAUAAAUCCUAUAUGUCCGUCGGAUCUUGUUAUCGAUCAUUCGAUACAAGUUGACUUUAUUAGAAGUACCGAUGCACUGAAAAAAAAUGAAGACCUUGAAUUUGAGAGAAACAAGGAACGUUUUAUGUUUCUUAAAUGGGGAGCAAAGGCAUUCGAAAAUAUGUUGAUCGUACCCCCAGGGAGUGGGAUAGUACAUCAAGUGAAUUUAGAAUAUCUCGCUAGAGUCGUGUUCGAUAGAAAUAGUUUACUUUAUCCUGAUAGCGUAGUUGGAACGGAUUCUCACACGACCAUGAUUAAUGGGCUAGGUGUUCUUGGUUGGGGUGUCGGAGGAAUCGAAGCUGAAGCUGUUAUGUUAGGACAAGCGAUAUCGAUGCUUGUACCAAAAGUAGUGGGAUAUAGAUUAGAAGGAGUCUUGAAUCAGUAUGCUACUUCGACAGAUCUUGUUCUUACUAUAACAAAGAAUCUUCGUCAAGUCGGAGUGGUCGGGAAGUUUGUAGAAUUCUUUGGUCCCGGUGUAUCUCAGUUGAGCAUAGCUGAUCGCGCCACGAUAUCUAAUAUGUGUCCAGAGUAUGGUGCUACAGUUGGAUUCUUUCCAGUUGAUCAACAAAGUUUGACAUACCUUAGACAAACAGGAAGAUCCGAAGAACAUAUUGAGAGAAUUGAAAAAUAUCUGAGCGCUGUGCGUAUGUUAAGAAACUACGACGAUCAAAGUCAAGAUCCAAUCUUCUCCGAGAUAGUAACCCUAGAUUUAGCAACGGUGGUGUCCAGUGUCAGUGGUCCGAAAAGGCCUCACGAUCGUGUUUCUGUGACGGAUAUGAAAACGGACUUCAAGAAUUGCCUUACCAACAAGGUAGGAUUUAAGGGAUACGGCCUAAGCCCUGAAAAGGUGGACACUGUAGGUAUGUUUGAAUAUGAAGGCAAGGAUUAUAAACUGAGGCACGGUUCGGUGGUCAUCGCUGCAAUUACUAGUUGUACUAACACUAGUAACCCUAGUGUCAUGCUAGGAGCAGGUCUCCUUGCGAAAAAGGCAGUCGAAGCUGGCUUGAGUGUUGCGCCAUAUAUCAAAACAUCAUUGUCACCCGGAUCUGGUGUGGUAACUUAUUAUUUAAAAGAAAGCGGAGUGGUUCCGUAUCUAACAAAAUUAGGCUUUGAUAUCGUUGGAUAUGGAUGUAUGACCUGUAUCGGUAACAGCGGUCCUUUACCAGAUAAUAUUGUUGAAACUAUUGAAAAAAAUGAGUUGAUAUGUUGCGGUGUACUAUCUGGUAACCGAAAUUUUGAAGGCAGAAUUCAUCCCAAUACACGAGCUAAUUACUUGGCCUCGCCGCUUUUGGUAAUUGCUUAUGCCAUUGCCGGAACAGUGGAUAUAGAUUUCGAAAAGGAACCACUUGGUCGUCGAGCUGAUGGCAGUCCGGUGUUUCUACAAGACAUUUGGCCUACCAGAGCGGACAUUCAAGCUGUAGAACAAAAGCACGUAAUUCCAGCUAUGUUCAAAGAAGUUUAUAGUAAAAUAGAGAAAGGUAGCAGUAGUUGGGCAAGUUUGGCAGCACCUGAAGGUAAAUUAUAUCCAUGGGACCCAAAUUCUACGUACGUUAAAAGUCCACCGUACUUUGAUAAUUUGACUAAGGAACUACCAACAAUAAAACCGGUUAGUAAAGCACGCGUUCUCCUUUAUCUUGGAGAUUCUGUUACCACGGAUCAUAUUAGUCCAGCUGGAAGCAUUGCACGCAAUUCUCCAGCAGCGCGUUAUCUUGCGAGCCGAGGAUUGACACCAAAACAUUUUAACUCUUACGGAUCACGCCGAGGUAACGAUGCUGUAAUGGCACGGGGUACAUUCGCUAACAUUCGUUUGCUUAACAAAUUCAUUGGAAAACCUGGACCACGUACUAUUCACAUUCCUACUAAAGAAGAGAUGGAUGUUUACGAUGCGGCUGAAAAAUAUGGUAAAGAUCAAACACCUUUAAUUCUUCUUGUUGGUAAAGAAUAUGGAUCAGGAUCUUCGAGAGAUUGGGCUGCGAAAGGACCGUAUCUUCUUGGAAUUCGAGCCGUUAUAGCUGAAUCUUACGAAAGAAUACACAGGUCAAAUUUAGUAGGUAUGGGUAUAAUUCCACUACAAUAUCUACCUGGACAAAAUGCAGAGUCUUUAGGAUUGACCGGUUAUGAGUUAUAUGAUAUAGCAGUCCCCGAGAAUUAUCAGCCUGGUCAAAAAAUUACCGUUACCACGGACGAUGGAAAAAAGUUUGAAGUAAUUUCACGAUUCGACACCGAAGUAGAUUUAACAUACUUCAAAAAUGGUGGCAUUCUGAAUUAUAUGAUUAGAAGAAUGCUUUGAUAAGUUGCUAUUAUGUUAAUGUCAAAUGUUACUUAACGGAAUACUUAAUGUUGGAGUUUGGAUUUCAAGCAUAUAAUGUCUGAUUACAUCCAUAUCCUUUAUAAAUAAGUUAAAAGAAAGUUUACUGCAAGCCGCGAAGAAAAAGUAACAAAGAUAUUAAGUUGGACAAAUAUAUUUAUUUUUGUGUAUUGCAAA